AUGAGCCGCGAGAUUGGCCUCACUGGUGAAUUUAGUAUGUGGCUGGCCAAACAGGUGGAAAAUUUGAAAUCUCCUGUAUGCCAGGUCUUUGUGCGACCGUUCUCGAAGCCGUGGAUCCUCGUCGCAGACUUUCGCGAGGCACAAGAUAUUUUAAUGAGACGGCCUGAAUUCGACAAACCUAAGUUUCUGAGUGACGGUAUGGAGUGCUUGGGUGACUUCCACGCGCGGUACAAAACCAAUGAUGCCUUCCGUGAGCGUCGUCGCUUGAAACAGGACUUGAUGACGCCAACCUUUCUCAACGGUUUCGUGGGUCCUGCAAUACACUCCAAGGGCCUGGAACUGGUCCAGCUUUUUGAGGCGAAGGCAGAGCUGUCCCAAGGCAGGCCAUUUAGUGUCCAAGCAGAUUACGACUACGCCGCUCUUGACGUGAUGCUGAGCUAUGCCUUUGGUGACAACUUGGAGGAUUCAGCUAUCCGGCCACAGCUGGAGGCAAUCCGCCAGCUAGAUGGCUCUCAAAUUCCUAAUGGUGACAUUAAUGAACCUGUGGUGUUUGCUCCAGCCAGGCUUACCCCUUUUCUUCAGGCAGUUCAUGAUGCACCCGAGGUACUCGAGAAGACCACAGUAUCCUGGACCCCACGGUUGAGCCACUGGUGGUGGAAGCAGCAGACGUGGUAUAAGAAGAUAUUUGAACAGAAAAGCCGCGUUGUUCCGCAGCAGUUAUCGAAGGCCAUUGCAAAUUACCGUAAUGGAUCUAUCAAAUCGGCUUUGGAGCAUAUGCUGAUGCGCGAGGCCAUGAUGGCAGAAAAGCAGGGCCGUCAGCCCCAGUUUGAAAGCAAGAGUCUGGUUGAUGAGGACCUCUUGAAGGCGUUUGCCGAUCUAAUCGCAGGUCACCAUACCACUGGGGGCUCUAUGGGCUGGGUAACAAAGUUCUUGACAGGAUAUCCUGAGACGCAGGCAUCUCUGAGGGCAGCCCUGUACGCGGCAAUUCCCGAGGCUAUCGCAGAUAGGCGAUCGCCGACCUUCGAGGAGUUGCGGCGGGCUAAAGUCCCCAAUCUUGAAGCGAUUAUCGAGGAUAUGCUGCGACUGACGCCAUUUAGCAUGACGCGCGAGGCAACAACAAAUACAGAAAUCUUGGGUUGUAAAAUUCCUAAAGAUUGUCAAGUGUUUAUGGUGAACGGCGGACCAGGAUACCUGUCCUUGUCUUUACCCGUCGACGAAGCCAAACGCAGUCCGACCUCCCAGGCUUCCCGCGUACGAGACAACUGGGACGAAUCAAAGGACCUGAAAAUCUAUGACCCCCAACGAUGGCUUGUGGUUAAGGAUAAUGGAAGUGUUGAGUUUGAUGGGGCAGCCGGGCCACAACUGGGUUUCGACAUGGGGAUCCGGCAAUGUUGGGGCAGAAGAAUGGCCCAUUUGGAGAUAAGGACAAUUAUUGCUCUUAUUGUGUGGAACUUCGACUUACUCGACAUCCCGAGCUCGCUUGGCGGUUACGCAGGAUUCGAUGGUAUCUCACGCCAGCCGCAAAGGGUCUUUGUUCGACUGAGAAAACAGGCGCUGUAG